GAGCGUGUAUGAGUGUGUGUGCGUGUGCGCUCCGCCCGCCCCCGGCAGGCUGCCGAGCCGCAGCGGCGGAGGCGGCGGCAGUAGCGGCGGAGGCGGCGGCAGUAGCCGCGGAGGUGGCGGCGAACCGGAUGCCUUUGGCGGGCAGAAGAUGUGUCAUGGGAAGCAGGCGAGCAGCGGCGGUGCCCUCCCGGCGGCGCGGCGGGUGCUGGCCGCGGCGCUGUGGCUGCAGCUGGCGCUGAGCCUCGGCCCGGGGCUGGCGGCGGGCGAUCCCCUGAGCAGACAGAGAAGCACAAUUCAGAAGACUUUUUUCUCUGCUCUUCAGAAAGAAGAAAUUAUGUCAACUGCAAUAUGCUAUUUGGAUGCAAAAAACCCUGAGUUGACAGGAGGACACUCAUUCUAUUCUGAAGUGGUCACCACUUCUGCUCAGAGAUGCUGCCCCUGCUUUGGCCUUACCUUGUGGAUUCUCCAGGGACUGCUUGUGCCUCCAGGGUUUGAUGACCUGCAAGCAUGUGCAGAUCCUGGGGCUCCUGAACAUGGCUACAAGACACCCAGUGCAGGUGUUUUCUUUGAAAGCGUGGUGGUCCGGUUCCAUUGCCAAGAAGGAUACAGGCUCAAUGGUACUUCCAAAAAAAUUUGUGUGAGACACUUUAAUGGCUCCCUGAGCUGGAAACCCAGUGAUAAACCUGUGUGCCUACAAGAAGUCACAGAUUGCCCUGUUCCACAUGUUGAAGAUGCAGAGGUUCAUAACAAGACAUACAGGACUGGCGAUAAGUUAAUAAUCACCUGUCAUGAAGGAUUCCAGAUCCGUUACCCUGACUUAGACAACAUGGUUUCCAUAUGCCAAGACGAUGGAACAUGGGAUAAUCUACCCAUAUGUCAAGGUUGCCUUAGGCCGUUGGUUCUUCCUCAUAGUUACAUUAACAUUUCUGAGUUCGGGGCCUCCUUCCCGGUAGGAACAGUGGUGUAUUAUCAGUGUUUUCCUGGAUAUAAACUAGAAGGGGCAGAGAUCCUUGAGUGCAUGUAUAACCUUAUCUGGUCACAUAGCCCACCUAGGUGCCUUGAUGUGGAAGUUUGUCCACUACCUCCAAUGGUGAGUCAUGGAGACUACAUCUGCCACCCGCGGCCUUGUGAGCGCUACAACCAUGGGACAGUGGUGGAGUUCUACUGUGACCCAGGUUACACCCUCACCAAUGACUACAAGUACAUCACCUGCCAGUAUGGAGAGUGGUUCCCCUCCUACCAAGUGUACUGUGUCAAAACAGAACAAACCUGGCCAAAUACACAGGAGACCCUCCUGACUACAUGGAAAAUAGUGGCAUUUACUGCUACCAGUGUUUUAUUAGUACUGCUGCUGGUUAUAUUAGCCAGGAUGUUCCAGACCAAAUUUAAGACACAUUUCCUUCCACGAGGCAACCAGGAGGACUCAAUGGGCGACCCUGACUUUGUGGUGGUGGAUGGUGUUCCUGUCAUGCUGCCUUCCUACGAUGAAGCUGUCAGCAGCGGUUUGAAUGUCCUGGCACCUGGAUACUUAGCUGCCGCAGACCAGGGGCAUAUUUUGCAGACAGAAGAUCAGAAUCCGCCUGCUUACCCUGGUCCCAGGAUUCCAGACAUGCAGCCCAGUGAAUUUGAGACCUGUGACAGUAGGUCGGGUUCCUCUGAACUGUUCCAAAGUUUGUACCCAUCCCUGACAUGCCAAGUGGCAGCACUUCCCGGCUCAGAUCGAACUGACAUAUCCCACAGCACUGAUGGGGAUGCUGCAUCCACAAGUCCCCGAAUCAAUAUCACAGAUGAUCUCAAGUUUUCCAGAGGACCAGCUGAUGCUCAGAAUUACCACUGCAGCAAACAAGACAAGAGUGCUGUAAAACCAACCCUGAACCGAAGCACACCCCAAGCCUCCCGUCAGUUAUGUGAUUUCAGUUUCAUAAUACCAUUGACAAGUAUUGGACUUACUUUAAAUGCCUUUUAAAAUAUUAUGAAAUCCAUCUUUUCUGGUCUUUUAGCAGCCUGUGAAAUUUCAUCCCUUACUAAUUUUUUUUGCUUCCAUUUAUUAAUUUCUAUGGAAGCUUCUUGAUUAAUAUUUGGAGCUCUGAGGUUUUACAGAUUCACACUGCUGUGUGUAUUGUAUUGCAGUCAUUUUAUUAAGGGAGACAGAUGUGGUAAUUGAAGAAAUGUAAGUUUAUGACUUAUUAGAACGUUUUUAUUUUAAGAAGUGCAGAAUUGCAAAUACUCUAGAAAAGAUUAAUAUAUUAAUUUUGCUUGAUAGCCUUUUGAUAGGACUGUGCCAAAUACAAUUUUUAAAGGGUUUUACCAUUUUAAAAGUCUUAACAUUUUUUGCUGAUGUUGGAUAAAACUUCCUGAAAGGCUGUUUUUGGGGGGGAUUAUUUGUGUGGUUGAGUUUGGGGGUUUUGCAUGCUUGAAUAUCAGGGGAAAAAGAGAGAAUUUUUUUCUCAUGCUAUUUUUUUCCACAUAGGGCUUGAAUUUUCAUGAGAGGACUGCCUGCCUCUGGAUCCACACCUGUGUCCCAGCCCACAAAGUGACGCCCUGGGCUGGGGGCUGCCCCCAGGUGCCCCCAGUCUGCCCAGCAACCUGGACACCCUGGAGAACUCCACAGCUCUCUGGCCUAAGACCUCAGGAUGUUUUCAGGGCCUAAAGAGACAAGAGGGCUGCUAUGACCACAGCAGGAUUUUCACUGUGUAAAUGAGACCAGAUGGGAGGAUGAGCAUAUCUUAUGCAGAUCAUAAGCUGUUUUCCCUUGAGCUAGCUGGAUGUGAAUUAAAACAGAUCCAGGAAAACACUUGUUGGUGAGGUGUUAGUGAAGAUGGACAACCCAUGUGCCUUCAGCAGAGAGAAAAUUGGUGUGUACUGAGAACUCCAGGAAUGAAAAACAAGAACUGGCUUCACCUUGGCAAUAUUUCUAAAAAUGAGAAAAGAGGAGAAGUGAGCAAUGUGUCAGCCUUGAGCACUGACUUAUGAACAGGGGCUUGACAUGCACAGUGCUGGGUGAAGGGUGGGAAUUCAGGGAGUGAGUCACAACCUGGGCAUGAGUCAACAGAACCUGGCUGUUGUGAAAAUGUUAAAUGUCAACACAGGAGUGUUUACACAGAACUGUAACUUAUAAAAUGCAUGAAGCAAUCGUUCAGCUGCACUCAGCACUAGUAAGGCCUCAGCUAGAGCAGUUUGUCAAAUGUUGAGCAAUUUUUUUCCUCUUCAAGGGAAACGGGGUGCAGCUGGAUGGCAGCCAAGCAGAAAGAAUCAAGCAGAGAGAAUUUGAAGAACCUGUCCUGACCUCACAGAUUACGUAGUGUUCAGUGUGAACAACGGGAGACCAAAGAGAACACAGAAAUUCAGUUUUCUGUAAGAAAUGUAUUUUGCAAAGAUGGAAUUUAUCCGUAUAAGUAGGACAAGAAUAGUAGACUUAAUUGAGGCUUGAGAGAAUUAGGUUAGAUAUUAGAAGAAACAUUCUAGUCACAGGAAUGGUUACUAGGAAAGAGAGAUGAUCUGAAGAAGCUGUAAAAACCUCUGAGAUAUUUUUUAAGACUGUUUUAAAUAAGUAGAAGCCAGGAAAACAUUGGGGGAGAUGCACAAUAUGAAUUUUGGGGCCCCUUCUCAUUCUGUCUGCAUGAUUCCCAGCUUGUGAGAACUAAACUUGGCUGAUGCCAAAUUUUGCCCAUAGAUUAAUUCCAAAUUGAUGGUACUGGGCACACUGGUCAGUGCUCAUCAAAACUACAGCCAGAAAUACUCUCUAUUCCACAAACAAAAGCUUUCAUGUAGCAUGGGCUGAACUCCAAUAAAAUCCUAUGAAUUAAA